AUGUCGUACCCGCCUCGGCCGCCACUUGUGCCGUAUGGAAUCGCACCGGGUGUGGUCACUAUGCCGAUGCCUACACACGUAAUGGUAGGCGCAUACGGCGCGGGAGGGGUGGCGAGCGGAGCAGCCCGUGGGGCGCUGCUUCCCGCCCCCCCCGCACAGGGCAAGGCGGUCAUCGCCCGACCCCCUACUAGGAAUACAAACGGCGCCAAGGAGAGUGAAGGGCCACCUAUUACGGUGUUUAUAGGUAACAUAUCGUCGCGAGCGCCCGAUGCGAUGAUUCGGUCUCUUCUGAACGCGUGCGGGCCGGUGCUCUCGUGGAAGCGCGUGUCCACAUUCGGCUUCAGCGAGUUCGCGAACCCCGAGGCGGCGCUGCGUUGCGUGAGGCUGCUCAACAACCGACCGGUCGCAGACAAGCAGCUUCUGGCGAGAACCGAUGGCAAAAUGCAGGCCCUCGUCGACACAUACAAAACGGAGCAGCGCUCGCGGCUGGGGGCGGAGGAGGGCGCGCCGGGCACGGAGGGGGAGGGCGAGUACCUGGACGCGCGACAGAGGGGGCUCGACGACAGCGCCGAGCGCCGCCUGGCCCAGAUCAUGCGCGACUACCAGGACGACAUCAACAACUACGAGAUCCUGCAGAAAGAGGAGGCCAUCUCCAAGACAGCGCGCGUCCUGGAGGAGGCUGACAUCUCGGAGGAGAAGCGUGACGUCAUCCACCGCGAAAUCGGCAAGUUCCGCGAGAGCAUGAAGGAGGAGGCCGACGUCGUCGUGCGCCGCAAGCGCGACAAGGACGACAAUAGCCGGCCGGACAGCGCGCGCGACCGCGACAAGGACCGCGCGCCCUCACGCGACAGAGACAGAGAUAAGGAGCGCGACCGGGAGCGUGAAAGAGACAGAGACAAGGACAGGGAGCGGGAGCGGGAGAAGGACCGUCGGCGGCGUAGCGUCUCCAGGGGCAAGGACCGGCGCGAGGAUCGCGAUAAGGAGCGGGAGAGAGAACGCGAGGAGAGGGAGCGGGACAGAGAACGUGAGCGCGAGCGGGAGAGGGAACGAGAGAGGGAACAGCGCGAGCGCGAGCGUGAACGAGAGAUACGCGAAAGGGAGAGGGAACGAGAACGUGAACGUGAGCGAGAACGUGAACGAGAGCGAGACAGAGAGCGAUCACGAGAGCGCGAGCGUGAGAGAGAGCGCGAACGUGAACGGUCGCGCGGCCGGAGUCGUAGCGAGGUAGACGCCAGGAGAGAAAAGGAGUUAGAAGAAGAGGCGAGGGAGAAGAAACGAUUGGAGAAAAAGGCGAGGGAGAAGGAGGCCGCGUACCAGGAGCGCCUGCGCAACUGGGAGGGUCGCGAGCGGCGCAAGGCCAAGGAGUACGAGAAGGAGAAGGAGAGGGAGCGCUGUCGCGAGGAGGAGCGCGAGCGAGAGGCCAAGCGGCUCAAGGAGUUCUUAGAGGACUAUGACGACGAGAGAGACGAUCACAAGUAUUACAAGGGCAAGGAGCUGCAGCGGCGGCUCGGGCUGCGCGUGCGCGAGGCGGAGUCGGACACGCGCGAGCGCGGCCGCGAGCAGGAGGAGCUGGACGCGCUGCGCCAGAGCUUCUUCCGCGACACCGACCCGGCCGACCCCGCCGCGCUCGCCGCCUUCGAGCGCGCGCGGCGCGAGCGCGAGGAUCAGUACCGGCCGCGCCUGCUCAUCGACGUGAGCCUGCAGCUGGAGCAGCAGCGCGAGCGGGAGGCGGCGCGCGCGCGCAUGCGCGAGGACGAGCGGCGCGAGGCGCGCGAGCGGGCCGCGCGCCAGCGGGAGCGCUACCUGCGCAGCGCCGCGCAGAGGCAGCUGCCGCACGAGGCCGAGCCCAUCGACUCCGACAGCGACGCGCCCGAGCCGCCGCCCUCCACCACGCCGCCGCCGCCGCGCCACCACCGCCACCACCACCACCACAGACGCGCGUCCCACCGCUCGCCGUCGUCCCCGAGCGUAGGCCUGGAGUCCCCUCCGCCGCCCGCCCUCUCCCCGCCCCCCGCGGGAGGGGCGAGCGGGGGGGUGAGCUCGCGCCGGCCGAGCGCCUCGUCCAUCAGCAUCAGCUUCCGCCCGCAGCACAAGCUGCAGCCGAGCCCCGCCGACACCACCGGCGCGGACGGCGAACCGCUCGCCUCGCCCGACCCGGCGCUGCACCACCACCACGGUAAAGAAAAGAAAGAAAAGAGCAAAAAAAACUCGAACGCGGCGACCCCGGGCCCCCCCGCACCGCCGAACGCCGGUGGCGGUGAGAAGGAGGCCAAGAGCGCCGAAGAGAAGCGAAAACACAUCAAGAGCCUCAUCGACAAGAUCCCUACGCAGAAAGAACAGCUCUUCCAAUACAAACUGGACACCACGCAGAUCGACGCGGUGCUGAUGGAAAAGAAGAUCCGACCGUGGAUCAACAAGAAGAUCAUCGAGUACAUCGGCGAGCCGGAGCCGACCCUGGUGGACUUCAUCUGCAGCAAGGUCGUGUGCGGCUCCGCACCGCAGGGGAUCCUCGACGACGUGCAGAUGGUGCUGGACGAGGAGGCGGAGGUGUUCGUGGUUAAAAUGUGGCGACUUCUCAUCUACGAACUGGAAGCCAAACGGGCCGGCCUGCACAAGUAA